AUGGAAAAAUUAAAAGUAAUUUCCUUAAAAGAUUUGCCCAAAUUAAGAGAUUUAUAUAAAGCUAGUUGGCCAUUGCACUGUGCAACUCAUUCAACAAUUCAAGUAUUUGUUGAUCGUUUCGAAAAACAUCCGAAAUGGAUGGAAAAAGUGAAGUUCUUAUGUUUCGGUGAAAGUUGGAUACGCGUGGGAGCUUUCGUAAUGAUUUAUGAAAAUCGAGUGUUUUUUAAUACUUUAGAAUCAUUCCCAUAUGAUGAGCUUAAGAAACUUCUUCUAAGAGUUGAAAUGCCUGAUAUGGCAGCUUUUGUGAAUAUUCGUGACAGUCUGAGAUCACUUCUUUUUGAUGUUAUUCGAAUUCAUCAUCUUGAAGUUAUUAGUGAUAUCGGAACAAAAUCUUAUCUAUGGCCUAAACAACUGCUUGAUAAAGUAGAACCUGAGAUCCCAAGUAACAUUGAACUUAAACCUAUCAGACAUGAAGAUUUAGAAAAGAUUAAUUCUUUGUGGUCGGGAAAAUUUAAAGACUCCGAAAAGUUUCUUGAAGAGUUGAUUAAGUAUAAUCCAAGUGUGGGUGUAUACAAUAAAAAAGGAGAAAUUUUAGCAUGGAAUAUGAGGUUAGAUAGCGGUUCAAUGGGGGUUGGGCAAGUCGAUUCUAAUCACUGUGGAAAUGCUUAUGGAAGGGUUGCUAUUUUUGGACUUGCUAAGAAAAUUGCCCAAGAUUUUAAUUCCGAUGUUCACUUUGAAAUUCUCCAUGGCAAUACUCUUGUACAAGCAAUUAUUGAAAAGGCUUUUUAUUUGCAUUUAAUUGAUACUCAAAGUUGGAUUUUAACGAAAAAGAAAAUGAAAGUAAAAUACGCACCCAUGUGGGGUCAUUUAUGAUUGUUUUAUUA